AUGGAUGCAACCUGCCAAGGACCCGUGAACAUGGUGCAGAACUGCUCAGGGUUUCCUUCUGCAAUACAGCAGGCGCAACUCCUGCUGACCUCCAAGGCCUGGCUCGAGGCCCCGCCCUCUCCCGUUCGCCCCGCCCUCUCCCGUUCGCCCCGCCCACCACCGCCCUCCCCCGCCCCUGUCCUUCUUAGUCCCGCCCCAGACCUUCUGCGCAUGCCCUUUGGACCAGCCUGCCCCUCGGAGGAACUCAGAGCCAGCCAGGUAACGCUGCCCCGGCCCCUGUCGCCCCCAGGUCGGCCACCCGGUCCCGAUCGCGGCGAGGACCGGAACGCACUCGGGGCCGAUGGUCACUCUGGGCUGUUUGCUGUGACUUUGGCCUCCAGCUGCCCAGCCCAAGCCCUGUUCACCUUCCCCGAUCCUGAAUCCAAGGACUGGCCCCCAGUAUACGACUUUUAUUGCGGCCUUUUGCUUCCGCUGGGCCUCUCCCUGAAGGGGACACUGGAUCCAGCCCGUCCGUGCUCCAGGCGGGCCAGUUAUCUCCAGAGCCGCUUGAUCAAUGAUGCCAAGGCCCGCUUAAAAAAGCAUGAUGUUGGAACCAAGUUUUCUCACUUGUUGCCUAACAAAUGUUCUGUCCUUGUACCACUAUUGGCAAAAGAAGGAAAAUUCCAUCUGUUAUUCACCCAACGGUCAGAGAAGCUACGAAGGUCGCCAGGAGAAGUUUGCUUCCCAGGAGGCAAGUUUGAACCUGCAGAUGUGGACGAGGUAGCCACAGCUCUCCGGGAAGCCCAGGAGGAAGUGGGCCUGCGUCCUCAUCAAGUGGAGGUCGUCUGCUGUCUGGUGCCACAGAUUUUUGAGGCAAAGAUGUUGAUCACCCCAGUUGUGGGAAUUAUAGACGAAGACUUCCAGGCCCAGCCAAAUCCCGACGAAGUGAAGGACGUGUUCCUGGUCCCUCUGGCCUAUUUCCUGCACCCACUUGUCUACCACCAGAAGUACGUGACGUCUUCUGGUUAUCGCGUUCUUAUCCAUUGCUUCGAGUACACAAACCCCGAGAAUGGCGUGACUUACCACAUCAGGGGACUAACAGCAAAAUUGGCAGUGCUCCUUGCUUUAAUUAUUUUAGAAAAAAGACCCACCUUUGAGGUUGAAUUUGAUCUCCACGAUCUAUUAUCAUCUUCUGAAGAAUCUUUAUUGAAAGUACAUAAGCACGUCAUGAACAAGUUAUGA